GCUAGUAUUAUAGUUCUGUGAUUGUCUGCUAUCAGGGAGCGGUUGGAAGCGGUUUGCUAUGGUUCGCUAUUCUUGAGAGCAGUGAUGCCAGAUUUGGCUCUCAGUCGCGCAUGCGCACUGGUUUUUAGCGCCAAUGAAGUAGCUAACACGACCAUAAAACUGGCGCCUUUAGUCGCCCCAAAGAAAAAUAGAAUUAUAAAUGGAAAUUGGAAGUACUCCUUAGCAUGGAAUCAGGGCCGGAAUGACCUUUUGCGGGACCAGGUUCAAACAUUUUGCGGGGCUUGAAUUCACAUUAAAAUCCUAUACUUAAAUAUUUCAACGAGGAAUUCAACGAACGCGCUGAACCUGCCUUGCGCCGGCCCUGCAUGCAAUAAUAUUAAUUGUGUGGAUAAAUUAUAAGAUAGGGGUAGAGGUUGAAAUAAUUUCACAGACAAUACAUAUUUUUUAUAAUUAAAAAAACGGUUUUCCUGGUUUUUGGCGCCAACCGUGGGAUCAUAGUAUCAUACGUUGUUUCGUAUAGCUACAGCACUGCGCACUGGGAGGAAAAUCUGGCAUCACUGUUUCUCUCGCAUUCGUGAGAGCAUUCUGUCACAUUCUGUGUGAUUCUGUGUCUGUGGUGACACGUUGUCGAAAGACUAUAGAUAUCCAAACCAAACCGAUCGAAUCGAAAGGAGAAGUUUCGCGUUCUCGACUUUAAUCGCGAAUAAUCUCUAUGAUUUUGAUUAGUUUCGAGCAUCGAAAUUGUCUGCGGUGAUCGAUAGUUACCUUCGGUGAUCGUCAACGCUACGGAACGAAAGGAAGGACGAUGAGGUUAUACUUGAAGGGGACGAUUCGAAGAUUUUCCAGCGGUGCACGGUUCGCGGAGGAUUACGCGAAACACCGCGUCCCGUUGUCGGUGCUGCAGCGCGCGGUUUUAACGGCAGGUGCGGCCGCGAUAUCCUUCGUCAAUCCCUUUCGCGGGGACAUGAUCGCGUGCCUGGGAGAAACAACCGGGACCGAUGCACUCGUCCACUGCCGCCAGCAAUUGUUGGCCACCUCCGAGGGACGUCGUAUCCUCGACGAAAAGCCACGUAUAUCGUCCUCGACGGUCGACCUUUCCGCGCUAAAAGACUUGCCGAAAGGAACCCUCGGCAGGACCUACCGUGAAUUCUUGGACGUCAACAACGUGUCCCCCGAUUCUAGGCCUGCGGUCAGAUUCGUCGAGGACACAGAGUUGGCGUACGUAAUGCAACGAUACCGAGAAACGCACGACAUUUUUCAUGCGAUACUCCUAAUGCCGACCACGAUGCUUGGAGAAGUAUCCGUUAAGUGGAUAGAAGCGUUGCAAUUGCGUUUGCCAAUGUGCCUGAGCGGAGCGAUAUUCGGAGCGUAUCGGUUGCGUCCAAGGCAGAGGAAGAUGUACCUCGAGCACCAUCUUCCGUGGGCCAUUAGGACGGGAAUGGGCGCGAAAUUCCUGUUGGGCGUUUACUUCGAGGAACGCUGGGAGCAGCCGCUCGUUGAUUUUCAUCGAGAAAUGAAUAUCGUUCCCUUGGUGCGAGUAAACGAUUGAAACGGAGGGAGAGCCCACUGGGAAUCGGCUACUUCCGUCUCCGUAUAGAAACGAUAAACUUCCUAGAUGGUAUAACAAUAUUUAUUCGUCGUAACUUUGGAAAUAUGAAGAAUAUAAUUUUCGAUAGGAUACGUGUGCGAUUUGUAUUACAAAUUUCGAUUAUCUGUAACCGUAAAUGGAAAAAAUUGUUCGAUAGAAACGAACGCGCGAUACCGACGCGAUACGACGACGCGCUUUAAUUAUCGACUCAAGGUAACGCGCGGUUUCCACGUGCAACGAUUAUUGGCGUCGUUCGAAUAAACAAAUGUACUCGCAAUUUGAACGAGUGUCUUCGUCGUCGAACGUUUGAUAAACUACGCGAGCUUAUUCUUACUUUCGAUAAUCUUUACACGUGGAAAGCCUGCGCAGGUGGCGUAGCUGUUUCGAAUACAGGUGCGAUUAAGUACGGAUACCAGUGCGUCGAUCGAUAAUUACCGUUUGAUAUGCGUAUCGCGUGGUGUAUGAAACAACGUUUGCGAAAUUGAUUGUCCCGUUUCGUUUGUAGUAACGCGCGCAAAUAAUUUACAGGCUAUCGCUUAAUUACAAGAGUUAGCGCAUAAUCGAUCGUUGAAACAAGAAACGAAAGGGAACGCGUAUCGUGCGAAUGUCCAGCGUUGUCUCGGGAAACUUUCAAGGACACUCGCACGCGGGAACCCUUCCACGAACGAGUCGAUUUAUUUUCGAUCAAGAUGAACGCUUAGUCGAGAAAUUACAUAAUAGGAAACCUCGAUUCCGUCACGAAUUCGAGAAUAACGCGUUCGGAUCCGAGUUAUCGUCGCGUUAUUCUGAAUCGGUGAGCUCUUACUUACUUUACUUGCGUAAUGUCGUAUAUCGUACGUAUAGCGAGCGGUAGUAUUAUCGGACACUAACGAAGGUUCAAAGUGUCAAAAUACAGUAGUGUCCGAUUAAAUGAGAACGAGAUGGUUAAUUAGUGGAGAGCGAUUGGAAAUUCGUAUUCAAGCUGAGAUCUAUUCAUUUCGUCUGACUAUAAUAAGCGAACACCCGCCGAUCUUUGAUAACGCUAUCGCGAAGAUACAGCAAGAGAUGCAAAUAUAUUUUUACGCGCGUUGUCGCAGCUACAGCUCGCGUUGGAGAAACGUAACGAUAUCAUUUUUCGUUCGUCCGUAGUUAGAUUUUCUCAUUUAACCGAGCACUACUCUAUUCGAAAUAGAGCGACGCGAUCCUGCCAAUUUUUAAGUAACUUCUACCAUUCGCGCGAUCGCUAGGUCAUAGACGAAAAGACGAGAAUAUGCAUUAUCUUUUAUAAAAAAAUUUUCGUUUCCCCGAUGACGGCGAACCUAUUCGGCAUAUAAUAUAAUAUAUUCUUAUAUACGUAAAGAUCGACUCAAGUAAACCUAGUUGAGCAUUACGAUUCGAUGGCUAGAGCAUCCUGGGGGCGCGCGUCGAUUUGUACGAUCCUCCCGCGGAACGGUGGACCCACAUGCUUGGAAAGGGAGAAGGACCGGGGGGGGGGGGAGGGUGGUGCACGAGAGAGGGGAGUUAAUCUCUUGCCGAGUUAGAGGAGCAGUGAAGUGGGACGAGGACGUGGACGAGCGUAAAAAAGAUAAAUUUACGUACGCGGGACAGGAUGCUUCGUAGCUGAUUGUAACCGAUUUGGUCCGUGCUACUCGA